AUGGCUCCUCGCUCUCCGCUCUCAAGCGCCUGGAGCGGAGCCAGUGUGCGGACAGGAUGGACGCGCAGUUUGGGUUUGAGCGGAUGAAGGACCCUGGCGAGAAGACCGGCUGGCUGAUCAACAUGCACCCGACAGAGAUCCUGGAUGAAGAUAAGCGCUUGGUCAGCUCUGUGGAUUAUUAUUUCAUCCAGGAGGAUGGAAGUAGGUUUAAGGUGGCCCUGCCCUACAAGCCAUACUUCUACAUUGCAACUCGAAAGGGCUGUGAACGAGAAGUAUCUUCCUUCCUUUCCAAGAAGUUUCAAGGGAAAAUUGCAAAGCUGGAAACUGUGCCGAAAGAGGAUUUGGAUUUGCCAAAUCAUCUGGUGGGUCUGAAGCGAAACUACAUCAAAUUGUCCUUCAGCACAGUGGAUGACCUGGUGAAGGUGCGGAAGGAGAUCUCUCCUGCAGUAAAGAAGAACCAAGAGCAAGACCAGGCAAGCGAUGCCUACACAUCCAUGCUAUCCAGUGUACUAACUGGCAGCAGCCUGACCACAGAUGAUGCAGAGCCUUUGAAAAAGACAGCCAACCAGAUGGACAACAUAAUUGAUAUGCGGGAGUAUGAUGUCCCAUACCAUGUUCGCCUGUCCAUUGAUCUGAAGAUCCAUGUGGCUCAUUGGUACAAUGUCCGCUACCGUGGCAAUGUCUACCCUCCAGAAAUCACUCGCAGAGAUGACCUGGUAGAGCGACCGGAUCCUGUUGUUCUAGCCUUUGAUAUCGAAACCACCAAGCUCCCCCUGAAGUUCCCUGAUGCAGAGACGGACCAGAUCAUGAUGAUCUCUUACAUGAUUGAUGGUCAGGGCUACCUGAUCACAAACAGAGAGAUUGUCUCUGAGGAUAUUGAAGAUUUUGAGUUUACUCCUAAGCCAGAGUAUGAAGGCCCUUUCUGCAUCUUUAAUGAGCCAGAUGAGGCCCAUUUAAUUCGGAGGUGGUUUGAGCAUAUCCAGGAGACCAAACCCACCAUCUUUGUCACUUAUAAUGGAGACUUCUUUGACUGGCCCUUUGUGGAAGCCAGAGCAGCAGUUCAUGGACUGAAUGUGCAUCAGGAAAUUGGAUUCCAAAAAGACAGUCAAGGGGAGUACAAAACCUCACAAUGCAUCCACAUGGACUGUCUCAGAUGGGUAAAGAGAGACAGUUACCUCCCAGUAGGAAGCCACAACCUGAAAGCAGCAGCUAAAGCAAAGCUGGGUUAUGACCCAGUGGAGCUGGACCCUGAAGAGAUGUGCCGGAUGGCUACAGAGGAACCUCAGACUCUGGCCACCUAUUCAGUGUCUGAUGCAGUUGCUACAUACUAUAUGUACAUGAAGUAUGUUCACCCUUUCAUCUUUGCCUUGUGCACCAUCAUUCCCAUGGAGCCUGAUGAGGUGUUACGGAAGGGUUCUGGAACGCUGUGUGAGGCACUGCUGAUGGUCCAGGCCCAUCACGCCAACAUAAUCUUCCCCAACAAGCAAGAGCAGGAAUUCAACAAGCUCACCGAGGAUGGUCAUGUGCUGGACUCUGAGACUUAUGUUGGUGGCCAUGUGGAGGCACUGGAGUCUGGGGUUUUCCGCAGUGACAUCCCAUGUCGCUUCAAAAUGAAUCCUGCUGCCUUUGACUUCCUGCUACAGCGUGUGGAGAAGACCUUAAGACAUGCCAUUGAGGAAGAAGAGGGUUUGCCAUUGGAUCAAGUCACCAAUUUCCAGGAGGUUUGUGAUGAAAUCAGAGUCAAGCUGAAUUCCUUGAAGGAUGUUCCUAAUCGGAUUGAGUGUCCCCUUAUAUACCAUCUGGAUGUGGGAGCCAUGUAUCCCAACAUCAUUCUAACAAAUAGGUUGCAGCCCUCUGCGAUGGUGGACGAGGCCACAUGUGCUGCCUGUGACUUUAACAAGCCAGGUGCCAAUUGUCAGCGUCGCAUGACCUGGCAAUGGAGAGGGGAAUUCAUGCCUGCGAGCCGCAGUGAGUAUCACCGCAUCCAGCAGCAGCUAGAGUCAGAGAAGUUUCCUUCAUUCUACCCAGAUGGACCACCCCGUGCCUUUCAUGAGCUCUCCCGUGAGGAACAGGCCAAGUAUGAAAAAAAGCGAUUAGCAGAUUACUGCCGGAAGGCCUAUAAGAAGAUACGUGUCACCAAGGUGGAUGAACGCGUCACCACUGUUUGUCAGCGGGAGAAUUCAUUCUAUGUGGACACUGUGCGAGCUUUCAGAGACCGUCGCUACGAGUUCAAGGGGCUGCAUAAGGUGUGGAAGAAGAAGCUGGCUGCAGCCAUGGAGAUUGGAGACGCCUCCGAAGUAAAGCGCUGCAAGAAUAUGGAGAUCCUGUAUGACUCUUUGCAGCUGGCUCACAAGUGUAUUCUCAACUCUUUCUAUGGCUAUGUCAUGCGCAAAGGGGCUCGCUGGUACUCCAUGGAGAUGGCUGGAAUUGUUUGCUUCACUGGAGCAAACAUCAUUACGCAGGCCAGGGAACUGAUAGAGCAGAUUGGGAGGCCCCUGGAGCUCGACACUGAUGGAAUCUGGUGCGUCCUUCCCAACAGCUUCCCAGAAAACUUUGUAAUCAAAUCAAACAACGUAAAGAAGCCCAAAGUGACCAUCUCAUAUCCAGGUGCCAUGCUGAACAUCCUAGUGAAGGAAGGCUUCACAAAUGAUCAGUACCAAGAGCUUGUGGAUCCAACCUCACUCACCUAUGUCACCCGAUCAGAGAACAGCAUCUUCUUUGAAGUGGAUGGACCAUACCUGGCCAUGAUCCUACCAGCCUCCAAGGAGGAAGGCAAGAAGCUAAAGAAAAGGUAUGCAGUGUUUAAUGAGGAUGGAUCCCUUGCUGAGCUGAAAGGUUUUGAAGUGAAGCGGCGUGGGGAGCUGCAGCUAGUUAAGAUCUUCCAGUCAUCAGUGUUUGAGGCCUUCCUGAAGGGCACAACACUGGAAGAAGUCUAUGCUUCUGUGGCCAAGGUGGCUGACUACUGGCUUGAUGUGCUUUACAGCAAGGCUGCCAACAUGCCUGAUUCUGAGCUUUUUGAGCUCAUUUCUGAGAAUCGCUCCAUGUCCCGCAAACUGGAGGAUUAUGGAGAACAGAAAUCUACCUCCAUCAGCACAGCCAAACGUUUGGCUGAGUUCUUAGGAGACCAGAUGGUAAAAGAUGCUGGGUUGAGCUGCCGAUUCAUCAUCUCCAAGAAACCAGAAGGGUCUCCAGUCACUGAGAGGGCCAUCCCGCUGGCUAUCUUCCAAGCAGAGAUCAGUGUACGGAAGCAUUAUCUCCGGAAAUGGUUGAAGAGUCCCUCCAUGCAGGACUUCAACAUAAGAGCGAUUCUGGACUGGGACUACUACAUUGAGAGAUUGGGCAGCACCAUUCAGAAGAUCAUCACCAUCCCAGCAGCACUGCAGCAAGUAAAGAAUCCAGUGCCCCGUGUCCGACACCCUGACUGGCUGCACAAGAAACUCCUGGAGAAGAAUGACAUAUACAAACAGAAGAAAAUCAGUGAGCUCUUCACUAGUGAAGGCAAGAGACAGGUCACUACCAACCAGCCUCAGGAGAGAACUCCAAACCCACAGGUUGCUGAUAUGGAGGAUUUUGGAACCAUCAAGCCACUUCAACCAUUGAUGCCCAUUGCAAGUAAGCGCAAGAGGAUCUCAGCAGCAGUGGAGAGCCAGCAGGCAUCCCAGAACCUGGAGCUGACCCAGUCCUGGAGGGAGAUCCUGGGCCCACCUCCACCUUUGGGCACCACCAAGGAGGAGCGGUUGGUCUGGCUUCGCUACCACAAGAAGAAGUGGGAGCUUCAGGCUCGGCAGAGACAGGAGCGCCAGAAAAAGCGGCGAUUAGAAGAUGGAGGGGUAGUUCUGGGCGGAGGGGUGAUCAGGGAUGCAUCUUCCACAGGCCUUAGCAGCUACCUGCGUAGGACAGCACGCAGCAUCCUGGAUCUGCCUUGGCAGAUAGUACAGGUUGCUGAGACUAGCCAGCCUGGCCUAUUCAGGCUGUGGGCUGUUAUUGGAAAUGACCUGCAUUGUAUGAAAUUGAGUAUCUCAAGGCUAUUCUAUGUCAAUCAGCGCAUUGCAAAGCCAGAGGAGGGAGCUAUCUAUAGAAAGGUGAAUAGAAUCCUGCCCCGCUCUAACCUCAUCUAUAACUUAUAUGAAUACUCGGUCCCUGAAGACAUGUACCAAGAACACAUCAAUGAGAUCAAUGCUGACCUGUCUGCCCCAGACAUUGAGGGAGUGUAUGAGACUCAGGUGCCAUUACUGCUGCGUGCCUUGAUCCAUCUGGGCUGUGUAUGCAUGGUCAACAAACAGCUGGUUAGGCACCUCUCUGGUCGGGAGGCUGAAACCUUCAGCCUAGAGCACUUGGAGAUGCGUUCACUGGCCCAGUUCAGCUACCUAGACCCAGGAAGCAUACGACAUAUCUAUCUCUACCACAACUCCCAAAGCAGAAAGGCACUCUUUGGCCUCUUCAUCCCAUCUCAGCGCAAAGCCUCAAUAUUUGUGCUGGACACGGUACGCAGUAACCAAAUGCCAAACCUGACCAGUAUGUACUCAUCAGAGCAUAGCACUAUGCUGGCAAAGGUGGGCGAGGAGCUGCUCCCUCCUGACAAGCACACAUUCGAGGUGCGAGCUGAAACUGACCUUAAGACCGUCUAUAGGGCUAUCCAGAGACUUCUGCUGGGCUACAAGGAUGAACGUCGGGGCCCCACACUGAUUGCUGUACAGUCCAACUGGGACCUUAAGCAGUUGGUGAGUGGGAUUCCUGUCUUCGAAGAGUUUCCACUGGUUCCUGUCCGGGUGACAGAUGACAUCAGCUACGGAGUUCUGGACUGGCAGCGCCAUGCUGCUCGCCAUAUGAUCCGUCAGUACCUCAGCCUGGACAUGUGCUUAUCCCAAGCCUUUGAGAUGAGCAGGUAUUAUCACAUUCCCAUUGGGAAUCUCCCUGAUGACAUCUCCAUCUUUGGUUCUGACCUUUUCUUCUCCCGUCACCUCCAUCGUCACAACCACCUGCUGUGGCUCUCGCCUACAUCCCGCCCAGAUCUUGGGGGCAAGGAGGCAGAUGACAAUCGCCUGGUUAUGGAAUUUGAUGACCGAGCCUCAGUGGAGAUAAACAACCCUGGCUGCUACUCCACAGUGUGUCUGGAGCUGGAUAUCCAGAGCCUGGCUGUAAACACCAUUCUGCAGUCCCAUCACAUCAACGACAUGGAAGGAGCCUCUAGCGUAAGCAUCAGCUUUGAUGUGAUCCAGCAGGCAUCUCUUGAGGACAUGGUUACAGGGAACCAGGCUGCUAACAUCCCAGCUAGUUAUGAUGAGACAGCACUCUGCUCAAACACUUUCAGGAUUCUGAAGAGCAUGGUGGUGGGCUGGGUGAAGGAGAUUACACAAUACCACAACAUCUAUGCAGAUAACCAAGUGAUCCAUUUUUAUCGCUGGCUUCGCUCACCAUCCUCAUUGCUGUAUGACCCAGUAUUGCACCGGACACUGCAUAAUAUGAUGAAGAAACUCUUCCUACAGCUGGUAACUGAGUUCAAACGUCUUGGCUCUUCGGUGGUUUAUGCCAACUUCAAUCGCAUCAUACUGUGCACCAAGAAGCGGCGUAUUGAGGAUGCCAUUGGCUACAUGGAGUACAUUAUCAACAGCAUUCACUCAAAAGAGAUCUUCCACUCUUUGACCAUCUCAUUCUCCCGCUGCUGGGAGUUCCUUCUCUGGAUGGACCCAGCGAACUAUGGGGGGAUCAAAGGGAAAGUGCCAUCUAACAUCCACUAUGGAGAGAAAGACACCAACAAAAGGCAAGAGGUAGAUGAAGAGGACAGUGAGGAGGAGGAAGAGGGGGAGGCAGAAGCAAGUGAGGAACAAGAUGGAGAGGCCAGUGUGGAAGACUUACUGGAGAACAACUGGAACAUUGUACAAUACCUACCCCAAGCUGCCUCCUGCCAGAGCUAUUUCCUCAUGAUUGUGUCAGCCUACAUUGUUGCUGUGUAUCACAGCAUGAAGGAGGAGAUGAGACGCAAUACUCCAGGGAGUACCCCUAUCAAGAGAAGGACCAACAGCCAGGCCUCCCAAGAAGUUGUGGGGGAAACAGGUGCCAUGCCAGGUAUGAUCACUUUCUCACAGGAUUAUGUCUCUAACGAGCUCACUCAGAGCUUCUUCACGAUCACGCAGAAAAUCCAAAAGAAGAUGAGUGGUUCCCGCAAUGCCUCGGAGCCCUCAGAAACGUUCCCAGUACUUCCAGGCUCUUACCUGCCACUCACCAACCCAGCUCUGGAAUUUAUUAAGUAUGUUUGUAAGGUGCUGUCCCUAGAUGCAAAUAUAACCAACCAAGUAAAUAAGCUGAAGCGAGAUCUCCUGCGCCUGAUUGAAGUCGGUGAAUUCUCAGAGGAAGCCCAGUUUCAGGACCCCUGCCGUUCCUAUGUACUCCCCGAGGUUAUCUGCAGGAACUGUAACUUCUGUAGGGACCUUGAUCUCUGCAAAGACCCUGCUCUCUCUCAGGACGGGUCUGUGUUGCCCAGCUGGGUGUGUUCAAACUGCCAGGCAGAGUAUAAUUCUGACUCCAUCGAAAAAGCAUUGGUGGAGGCCCUGCAGAAGAAGCUGAUGGCCUUUACGUUGCAGGACUUGAUGUGUGUGAAGUGCAAAGGCGUGAAGGAAAGCCACAUGCCUGUGUACUGCAGCUGUGCAGGAGACUUCAACCUGAUGAUCCAGACCAAGACCUUUGUGGAACACAUAAACAUCUUUCAGAAUAUUGCCCGGCACUAUAACAUGGCCUACCUACUGGAGACCAUUGAGUGGCUGCUGCAAAUGAACCCACAGCUCCUGCGGUGAUGGAACAACCCCCUCUCCCCCCUGCCCUCUGUUGUAUCAAGGGCCUGGGGUGGGCCCUGUGCUGUCAGCAUUUCCUCCAUGCAACAGGAGCUCCUACUGGUGGCAAGGGUCACUUAUCUGCUGCUCUUCUCAAUUCUGCUGCUGCCAGCUCAGGGGUACAUGGAGCAUUACUGAGAUCAGGCUGUAGACUCAACUAUGUCUUGUGAUGGAGAUUGUGGCAAGAUUAUGUGGUCUUUGCAUGCUGCAGGGAAGGAAGUCAGAUGGUGCCAUAUCCCAGGGCACAGAGGAGAGAGACUAGGCCAAGCAGCCUGAGUCACUGUAUUUUCAAACAUUGCUGCUAGUUCCAGUCUGCUGCUGAGGAAGAGCGCCAGUAAAGCAAGUCUGUUGAUCUCAUCUUGCCCUUUGGCCUGAGCCCGGAGUUGUUCUGUGGAAGCACAGAGGCAGGAUACUGUCUGGCAGUGCACAAUGCAGGCCUAGGUUACUGCGUUCUGAGAACUUCCCCUGCUGCGUUUGAUUGAUUUUGAUUAUUUUUUAUUGUGGGGUUUUAUAAAUCUGUAAAUAAACAUUCUACAGAAUGUCCCUGUUCUUUGUGGGGGGGAGGAUGACCACUUGCUAUGGCUCAAAGAAUAAUUUUGUUCCUCCAGCUCCAAUCUAACCCCUCACCCUUGGGCUGGUGCUGUAGUAUAGCAGGAAAAACUUAUAGCGGAGGCGCAGGCAGAAUGGGGAAGGG